AUGCUAUCACCAAACAGCGAGCUCAGCAUGGUCAUUUCCCAGACCGUUUACGCUACAGCAAAGUCCCUCAAAAGGGCAUACAAAUGGACUGUAUCAUGCAAGCUACGUGACUCCAAAUCCAUUCAUUCCGCUGUUUCCAGUGCCAAAACCCGAAUCCGCCGCCUAUCAUCACAACGCUUGCGUGCCCAAAAUCUUUCAAAACAGGAGGUAGAUGAAGAUGAAACGGCCAUUUCCACUUCUCCUACAGCACUGCCGGGAUGCAAAGAAUGUGACUUCGAAUAUACUCGCUCCACAGUUUCCAGUGUCAAAGCUCGAAUCCGCCGCCUAUCACCGCAGCGCUUACACGUCGGAGAGCUUUCGAAACGGAAGGUAUCCGAAGACGAAAUUGCCAACUAUAUCUCUCUUGCCGCCGUACCUGUAUGCAAGGAACGCGACUCCGAAUAUAUUCUUUCCAUGGUUUCUAGAGCCAAAGCUCAAAUCAGCCGCCUAUCACCACAGAGCUUGUACGCUAAACAUUUGUCUAAACGGGAGUUAGUCGCAGACGGAAGUAGCAAUUCCAAUUCUCCUACCACACAACCCGCAUCACCCAUAACAGCAAAAAAAGUCGUCGAAAAAACGUCUGAAUUCAUUGAAGAAGGGUCUGAUGCCAUCGAAACCGUUUCUGAUGACAUCGAAGCUGUUCCUGAAGUGGUCGAAGAGGUGUCUGAAACCGUUGAAGGAGUUCUCGAAGCCACCGAAGAAGUUUUUGAAGCAGUCGAAGAUGAUCGUGAUCCGUCGGCUCAGUUCUCGAUUAAGUCAAAGAAUGCCCCACUUAACUUUGAAAAACUGAACCUCAUUCCAAAUCCAUCACCCUCACCCACGCCCUCAACCAUUGAUGUUUCGUCUAUCUGGUCAAUUGAAUCCAGCGUCCUCGGCGACACACAAGAUCCCGAAGAUGAGAAGACAGGCGGCCCGAAAACCGCACCAACUGAAACUGAAAAACCCGACUUUCACCUCCAAAUUGCAGAGCAACGCCACGUAGUUGAGAUUGAGGAAUUGAAAGACAAAUAUCGUUCGAGAAUCAAGCGUCUUGUUGACAAGAAGGAUGAUUACAUGGCGCAGCUAAAUGAGGUCGUUGAGGACAGAAACGUCCUUAUGAAAAAGAAGAUGGUUUUGGAUGCAAAAUACGCUUCCGCAGUUGCCGCUCGAAACAAGGUGAAGUAUGAGCUCAGAGAGGAGCGUAAGCUUUUCGAAUCGUCCCAAGUGGCGGCUGAAGCCAAGAUUAAAGACUUCGAAGCUCAGGUCGCUCACCAGCAAGCGCAACUGGAAGCCAUGCGGGCCGAAGCAGCAGGGACUGGGCUGCAUCUUGCGGAAGCAAGGGAUAAGAUUAGGUCCUCGGACAAGAAGAUCGUCUUUCUGCGUGGACUGAUCGCUGGAUACGAAGCGACUUCCAGCAACAACUCCCAGCUCCACCACGAUCUCCAGCAGUGCCGAGAGGAGUAUCGGAAACUACAAUCCCGAUACUCUAAGCUUGAACAGCGGUCUCUGCUCGCACACGCCAACACUCUCAAAGCUAUUGAGAGUGUAGAAAAGCUGACUGUCCAAAUGGAGUCGGCUGUGUCUGGAGACCAGACCCUCAGCCUCAAAUAA